CGCCGACGUGUUUCCGGCAGCGUUUCCAAGGAGACCGUCCUUUAUUACUACGCGGCUGGACCGAUGAUCUUCAGGGGUGCGCUGUGCGCGAGAGAAUGGGUGGAAGGCAGGCAUGAGAGAGAACAGUUGUGAAACAUCGGUGAGAUGUCUCGGAAGGUGGUAUGAUGGAAGGAUCGGGAAAGGAAAGGCAAAUUUAUAAUGGAAGGUCCUUCCCAUGGCUCAGGAGCACAGACAACAAGCUUUGGAAACUCACCGACUGCUUCUCUUCCCUCCAGUCUACACAACACCAGAGCAAUUACAUGGAAGUCCGUAAGCCAGUGUUGGAGCUGAAAGAUGUCCCUCCCCCUCCACUCCACAGUGCCACUCAGCAGCCACUUGCUCUGGCCGCCCAGUCUGCGCCUCAUCCCUGCCAGCUUCCCGUUUCGGACCCUCAACCCCACCAGCAGCCUCUUUCUCAGUUGCAGCCCGGGAGUCCUAAAGUAAGCUUGUGCUCUCAGUGUGAAUGCAGUCUGCACACCCAGCAGCACUCUGGCUCGAUUGAAGCCAGGACCCACAGUUUCGGUGACCGUUUUGGUGGUGGUUGUAGCAUCAGCAGCAACGCUAAUGCUAGCACUGGUGGUGGCCUUUCUGCACCUUUUCCCCCUGCACAGCUGCAGACCCCGCAGAGUUUUGGGUUCCGGGUGGCCUCAGUAGCCACGUCUCAGCCCAUGGCAGCUCACACGCACCCGUCCUGCUGCGCGCACCAUCACACUUGUUCCUCUGUCUCAGUGGGGUGUCUGCAGUCGAAACAAGUGUCUGGAUCCGCACCUGUCCGCUCGCCCUGCGUGGCCUUACCUGGGUGCUGCCGCUGUAGCGAGGAACAUCGGGCAGAGCAGCACUACAAUUCACUCAGUGAAUCACCUUCUUCCACUCACCUCUGCACUAAGCCUUUGUACCACGAGCACAACACAGUCUGUCAGCAGGGAGCACACUACUGCCAUCAGUGUUUAAGAAAGCCCACGCAGUGUUUGGGUGCAGCCGACUCCGAGAAAGUUUGGCCCAACAUACCCCCUCCUCAGCCCUGCUCUGCUUCUGUACCUAUGUGUAAUGGCUGCAGAGUUCCUGGAACCUCCAACGAUGGCAUUCUGCACCCAAUCGGAAUGGCUAAAGUCAACCAGAAAUGUGGGCUAGGGUCGAGUGAUGGUUGUGGACAGGAGUCCUUGCCCCCAGUGGGAGUGUUUUGGGACAUAGAGAACUGUGCCGUGCCCAGUGGUCGUUCAGCUGCAACAGUGGUCCAGAGACUCCGUGAGCGUUUCUUCCAGGGACACCGCGAAGCCGAGUUCAUCUGCGUGUGCGACAUCAGCAAGGAGAACAAGGCUGUCAUUCAGGAGCUCAAUAACUGCCAGGUCACUGUUGCUCACAUUAAUGCCACAGCCAAAAAUGCUGCUGAUGACAAGCUCCGACAGAGUCUUAGACGCUUUGCUGAAACACACACCGCUCCUGCCACGGUUAUCGUCGUUUCUUCGGAUGUGAACUUUGCCAGUGAGCUGAGUGACCUGCGUCAUCGCCAUGGCUUCCGAGUCAUUCUGGUGCACAAGGCUCAAGCUUCACCUGCUCUACUGCAGCACGCACACGUGGAGGUCCUAUUUGAGGACUUUGUCUCCGAAUUGCCCCCCAGGAUGCUAAUCAAAUCACAGCCCUGUUUCAACCUCCUCUUUGUGCACAACCUCCCCACGCAUCGCGAUGCCAAGUCCGUCAGUAGCAGGCUUCAGCGCCUUUCCAAUAACUGUGGUGGGAAGGUGCUGGGUGUGUCUGGUGGCACUGCUGUGCUCCGAUUUGCCAGCGCAGAGGCGGCCGAGCGCGCCUGUAAGCGCAUGGAGAACGAGGACGUCCUAGGGAACCGCAUCACUGUGUCAUUUUCCCCUGACGGGCUACAGGAGGAGGUUGUGGAGCGGUCGCGCCCUGCGACCUCUUCCUCCUUUUCUAAUGCUCUGUUCCUUCCCGUGGAGAAGCCGCGGUCACCACGUCGGCCCAGGCGUGCACUGCGGGCAUUCCAAAGCGGCAGAGACGCCGGGGUGAAUGUUCCAGAAAGACCCUACAGUCCUAGGAAAGUUGGGCAUGCUUCUUCGUGCAGCCCAGUGUUGAAGUCUCUUUCCCAGGAUGCGAGUGGUAUGGAGUCUAAGCCCCGGACAAGUCUCCCAAUGGAGAAAGUCCGUGCUGCAUCUGCGUCUCCUCAGAGCAAUGGCCUCACCUCUCAUCUACAGCCUGCUAAACCAGCCUUCCCUGCAGAGCUCCUCCAACGGGGCCGCAGGAGAGACUCGUGCAGCCUGCGUGGUACUACAGAUUCCCCAGCCGAGCCGUUUCAGGUGAGCACUCCAUCAGCGUUCAGCAAACUCAACCUGCACUCUUCCUUCAGCCCGCUGAUGUUCUCCCAGGGAUCCUGGUCCUCAAGAAGCGCGUCUCCAUGUCUGUCCAAUCGCUCAUCCCCGCUUAGCGUUCCCUCUCGUAGCCCAUGCCCCAACUCUCAACCUGAGCCCUUCUCAGACGGUGCAGACAUCCAGGUAGCCAACCUCGACUACAGGAUGUCCAGGAAAGAGCUUCAGCAGAUCAUCCUUGACACUUUCGCUAAGCAUGGCAGGGUGAAAAAUGUUGAGCUUAGUCCUCACACAGACUACCAGCUCAAAGCUAAAGUACAGAUGAGUUCUUUGCAGCAAGCUAUAGGAGCCGUCAGCGUUCUUCACCGCUACAAGAUCGGCAAUAAGCGCAUUCAUGUCUCCAUCAUCACUGGUGCAAAUAACAAAUCCCUCACAAGUCUCAGUUCCGAGAUCAUCAGUAUUCUUCAGGAUUCUCCGGCUAACUGUCUUCCACUCUUCAAAUUCACUGAGAUUUAUGAGAAAAAGUUUGGCCACAAACUGGUCACUAGCGACCUCUACAGAUUGCCCGAGGUAGUUGCUGUGCGCGAACAGGGUGGGGGACGCUUGGUGUGUCUUCUCUCCAGCAGCCUAGCCAGACAUAGUCCGCUGGGCUCCUCCCAGUCCCAUGAUGGCUCCUCUACCAGCGGCAGUCCUGUGGUGUUUGAGGAGCUUGAGUAUCACGAGCCUGUCUGCAAACGUCACUACACACAGCAGGAUUUUAGUGAGGCAGACUAUGACCCUGACACCUACAAGAUCCCAUUUGUUGUGGUGUCUGUGAAAGCCCUGUCUGCUCAUGUGCACAGCCUACUGCAGUCUCAUGAGGGUACCAUUCCUUUGCUCAGUUUCCCAGAAUGCUAUGCAUCAGAGUUCAGUCCGCUGACGGUGGCUGAAGAAGGCAUGCUGGAGGGUAGUGUUCCACUGGAGCACCUCAUUACCUGUAUACCAGGCAUCACUAUUGUAACUGCACAGAAUGGCUUCAAGGUCAUCAAAUGGAUCCAUAACAAACCCCCACCACCUAAUGCAGACCCAUGGCUGCAGCGCUGUAAGAGUCCAGUAGGAAAUCCACAGCUGAUCCAGUUCAGUCGAGAAAUUGUAGACCUGAUGAGAAACCAACCUUGCUGCCUGAUGCCCAUCACGAAGUUCAUCCCUGCCUACCACCAUCAUUUUGCCAAACAGUGUAGAGUCUCUGAUUAUGGCUACUCUAAACUGCUGGAACUGCUGGAGGCUGUACCACAUGUGCUCCAGAUCCUGGGCCUGGGCUCAAAGCGUUUGCUGACCCUCACACACAGGGCGCAAGUGAAGCGUUUUACUCAGGACCUGCUCAAACUGCUCAAAUUUCAGGCGAGCAAGCAGGUCAUCAUCAGGGACUUCAUGCAAGCCUACCACUGGUGUUUCUCCAGGGACUGGCGAGUGGUUGACUAUGGAUUGUGCGACUUGAUGGAUCUGCUGACUGAGAUUCCUGACACGACAAUUACCGUCACACAGCAGGAUUCUGACACUGUCAUAUCUGUACCCAAGAGAGAGCGGACUGCGGAGGAAAUGGAGCGCACCAGACAAUUCGGAAAGGAGGUAGUGGAUCUGCUGCGCCACCAGCCACACUUCCGCAUGCCCUUCAGCAAAUUCAUUCCGACUUAUCACCACCACUUCGGCCGCCAGUGUAAGCUCACCUACUAUGGGUUCUCUAAGCUCGUGGAGCUGUUUGAAGCCAUUCCUGAUGUCCUUCAGGUGCUAGAAUGUGGUGAGGAGAAGGUGCUGGCUCUGACUGAGGUGGAGCGAGUGAAGGCCCUGGCAGCUCAGCUGGUAAAGCUCUUGCGUGCUCAGAAAGACUGCACCCUACCUGUUAGCGAGCUGCUGGCUGAGUACAGUAAGACUUUCGGCUAUGGCCUCCGUCUGCAGGAUUUCGAUGCAAGUACGCUGCCUGCACUGCUCACCAAACUCUGCCAUGUGGUCAAGGUAGUGGUUGGAACUGAAGAAAAAGAGGUGCAGCUCAUCAACAGGAAAUCACUACGUGCACUUACCUCUCAGUUGCUGGCUGUAAUGAUGUCACUUCCUGAUGAGCACAACUGGCUGGGAGUGGAGGCGCUGCAGAAGCAAUACGAGUCGAUGUACGAUCAGCAACUCAACCCUUGUGAAUACGGCUUCGUCUCACUCACUGAGCUGCUCAAGAGCCUGCCUUAUUUGGUGGAGUUGUUUGAGGCAGAGGAGGAGGGCGAUAAGGGCAAAGAUCGAGUAAGGUUAACUCGGCUGUACCAGUUCGCUCGGAAGGUUCGAGCCCUCCUGCACACCUACCACUAUAACCAGAUCUUCCUGACCGAGUUUUGGGGUGCCUUCAGCAAAUACACAGGCUGCGAGUUUCAGCCUCGUGACUAUGGAUACAGCACUCUGGAGGAGCUCUUGGCCGCUAUACCACAAGUCGUCUGGAUAAAAGGCCACGGACACAAGAAGAUUAUAGUCCUAAGGAAUGAUAUGAAAGCCCGCAGCAGCCAUGCCAACACAGAAAGCCCUCAACCCGAGGAGGCCCGUGAGAGCCAGAGCCCUGCUGGCACACACAGCCCAGCCUCAGGUGGCAGUACUGGCGAGGCAGAGUUGCUGCGUCUGAGCUCUGGUUCUCCCGUGGACCUGCUGUGUGGGCCAGUUCCCUCCUGCCUACCUUCCCCUCAGCUACAUCCUGACCCGGUUCUGCUCCAGCACAAAGACCUCAUCCGCUUCGAGGAGCAUUCGCACAGCCAGUCCAGAGAGAAUCAGCCCAUCCAUGACGGCCAGACUCAAGGAGCUCUGAUGCCCAUGGAGUGCUGUGGGACUACAAAUGAAGAGAGCGAUGUGGCGGAAACGUCUGCGUCCAGUGUAGGUGAAGUUCCCACUGAUUGUGGUGAAAAAAGCACAGAAUGUCAGAGUGGGACUACAAAAUCUAACGAUCCACCAGACGCUGUGAUUUCCAAGCCCUCACAACCUGCCAACCUCAAACCGUCAGUUACAGAAAGCCCAAGCAAGAGAACCUCCCGGAAUAAAAUCAAACUUGCAGCUAAUUUUUCCUUCCCUCCAUCAGUCUAAAAAUACUUGUUAAUCAGAUCAAACUCUUUGAAGUUACAGUAUUUUAUUUUAUUUUAUGCCAAAAAAAAAAAUGAUAAAAGCUUUAUAACCAGCCAGUGAAAAAAUAAACAUGUAACACGGCAGAGCUGUGACCUUGAAGGAUUUGAUCUAACUAACAGUAGACUGAAGGUUCACGUCUCUCCUUGUGCUUCUUCUGCACAUUCUGUCUUAAAAUGUUCAACGCACUUGCUCAUCAUUAGUUGGCUAAAUUUACAGCCUUUGUUUAGUUUGCGAUCUCAUAUUUUCCAUGUUGGAUUAAAAAAAAAAAAAAUUCAUCCUUAGUAUAUCAGUAUUCUGAAGUUUUACGUUCGACUGAAAAUCAUGAAUCUAGAAUAUGUUAAAGGAAACAUGAAUUUAUAUGGAAUGGAGAUGUACCUCCCAGUUAGCUGUAACUAACACACCUUCCGUCCUUCUCAGAAUAUUACUACUUCUUAUUCUGUGCCGUUUUGGGAAUCAUGGUUUCUUACCAAAUGAAAUUCGUAGUCGUGUUUGACGUGCUCAGGCCGACCCUGCUCUUCGUGCGCACUACAACAAAUACAAAGGAGAUGCCGUCUCCUAUUUAUACACAGGCUGAUUUUUAAUAAUAUUAAGUUAUUGAAGGAAAAAAUUGCUUUAGAUUAUUUGUAAUAAUCUCUGACACAAUGUGAUGCGAAUUCCUUUGUAUUUGUCGGAUUUCUGUAAUUAUUUGUAUACUCCGGAACUCUUUAGAGUAGAAGAUCAACCUUUUUUUUUUUUUUUUUCUUCUUCUUCCUCCCCCUCUAAGAUUUUGAGUAGAUUUUUGGUCCGAACUUUAGUGCACGUCUUUUAUUUAAAUUUUUUGAAAGGCAUUUUGUUCAACAGCUUACCAGUGCAGUUGGUUUCACUUCGAUUUAAGAUUAUGACGAGCAGGUUUGGCUUUGGAUGUUUAAGCUAGGUAUGGGACACGCAUGCAGGAUAAAGUCGAGGUCAUGUUUACGGAGCUCUUCUCUGACUUAGAAACGCGCCAUUCGGCAGCUGAUGUCGACAAUGAAGGUUGAGUUGGCGCAUGCAAAACUCCUGCGGUUCUGCUGUUGGAGGUCAAGCAGAAGCUCCAUUUCCGUUUUAGCCAUGUAUGCAGCUUGCGCUUUAUUAGUUGUUUUGAGUUUUUGGGUGUGUGAAAUUCGAUAUGCACAUGGUGCAUAGAUAAUUUCCUACGUGAUGUGAUGAAGAAGCCGUAGUGUUUUUUAAUCUGUUCACUUCCUGCAUUUUCACGGCGGUUUACGAUGGCAAGGGCCAAGGUUGUUUUCUUUAACCUUGAUCAGUUUCUUUGGAUCGGCUGAAGGUCUGUGCUUGUUAUUAACGCCAGACUUCAGCACAUGCGAUUUAUAUAGAUGGGUUUUUAAGGCACUGGAGUCGAGGAUGGGAACUGCUCCGAGUGAAACACCCUGGUAUCAGGGGGACGUACACAGGCCCUCUGAUUAUUCCGUGAACUGAGCCGGGCUUUUUACAAUGGCUUGUAUCAGCCUUGGCACCAUGGGAGCGAGAGAACUGCUAGAGAGUUCCCUCCUGCACUCACUUAGCAUGUUUGUAGAUUUUUUAUUUCUUUUUUUUGUCAUGUUUGGUUGGUUAUUUGGGACUUAUCCUGCAUCUGUUUGUGCUGUCUGGAUUAUUUCAGGACAAACAACCUAGACUGAUCAUCUGACGAGCUGCCAUUAGGAUCUGGGUUUGUGUGGAAAGAACUAUGUGUUGUUGGGUUUUUUUUUUUUUUCUCCCUGUACAAAUGGCUUCAUGUUUUUAUCGCGAAUAUAAAAUCGAUGAUUUUUGGGCUCUGGCCUUAAACCUGAUUAAAAUGGUUAGUGUUUAAGUUUAAAAAGGUCAUGCUGUAGGUUUAAGGCAGUGUAGCUCAGUCUUCAAGUUUAUGACUCAUGUUUCGAAUUUCACCAUAGAGUGGCUGCAUUACAUCCCAAACCAUUUACUUUCAUCCCGGAUUAAAUGAGCGUUUUUUUUUUCUUUCUUUUUUUUUUUUUUAAUCAGAUUAUCAAAGGCCUGAUAUUUAUUUCAUGGAAGGAACUUUAGCGCUGAGUCAUGUUGGCCCUAAUGAUUCCUAAUUUUGCUGCUACUCUUUUAGUUUGCUGUUUUGGGGAGAUCAUUUGGUUACAGCUAACUCUGAGGACAAAUCUGGAACAUCUUGUGGAAAAUCUUGUUUGCUGAGCCACAAUGAGAAGCUAAUCUCGUUUGCCUAUGCACAUUUGCAUAGUUUUGAUUUAACAAAUAUCAUUGUACUUGGGGUUGUAAUGUUAAUGAAGUUUAAUGUACAUGGCAGUUCUGAGCAUUUACUUGAGCUUCGGCUCUUUUCCAGCAUGGAGUGUUUACGUUUUUUUACGUGGUUGGAGGUCAGGUAUGUGUUUCUACAUAUUGACCUGGAGCAAGUGCAGUUCGAACAAAGGCAGUAGACAAUGCUGGAUGUAUCCUGAUCCCAUCCUAAAUAUAUAUUGAACAUUCUUGUUUAAAAUCCAGCGUGUAACUGCCCUAAUUUUGGGAGACGCUUUUUUGUGAAACGAUGCACAGGUUCACGAUGGCUGUACAGUUAUUCUCUCAUCAGAAGCAGAACGUCGUCACAUUAAACCCCGAACUCUGUGUCGUGCCUUUUUUCGGUUCUUGCUGAUGUAAUUUGAGUUGCAUGUUCUUUAAUAUCUUGUACCUUCUGCCUCUGCUUACUUGGUCACCCCUCCGUCUUUAAGCCAUUAUAACAAUUCACUUUUUUUGUGAAGUGCCCGAAAUAUUUCUGUUAAUAAAUUUCACAAGCAUCA